AUGGGCAGAUUGUCGUCGAAGUUCAUCAUGUUCCGCAUCGGGGUGAUUGUCGCGUUCAACAAGCUGGUGGUGUUUUUGACCAGCAUCAUUCCCAGAAAAAAAAUGACAGUAGUCCUUGAACAAGGUACUUUACAAGGACUCCACUACAAAACACGAUUAUCAAAUAAAUCGUAUGUUAGUUUUCUAGGCAUACCCUAUGCUUUACCGCCAAUUAAAGACUUACGAUUCAAGCCUCCUGUCAAACAUCCAGGAUGGACUGGAGUUUUUAAAGCGUUUUCAUGUGGUAAAGUAUGUAUGCAGUAUGAUAUUUACGUGACCAAAAAAAUUGUUGGAAGUGAAGAUUGUUUGUAUUUAAACAUAUUUGUGCCACAGGAGGAAGUGGUUGAAAAAAAAGCUGUUAUGGUAUUCAUACACGGAGGUGCAUUUAAUUAUGGAUCUGGAUCGUUAGAUUUUUACUCUCCUGAUUAUUUGCUCGAUGAAAAUGUGAUUGUUGUAACAAUCAACUAUCGAUUAAAUGUCCUAGGAUUUCUGAACUUUGGAAUUGAUGAAUGUCCUGGUAAUAUGGGAUUGAAAGAUCAAUUGUUCGCAUUUAAAUGGAUAAAAGCCAACAUAUCAGCAUUUGGAGGUGAUACUAACAAUAUUACCAUUUUUGGAGAAAGUGCAGGAUCUGCUUCGGUUCAUUGUCAUUUACUUUCUCCUCAAUCUACAGGAUCAUUUAACAAAGCUAUAAUGCAAAGUGGAUGUGUUUUUAAUCCAUGGGCUUUUAAUGAAAGACAUUCAGAAGUAGCCUUUAAGUUGGCGGAGAAAUUGGGAUGUCAAAAAGACGAUCCUAAAGAAAUAGUAAAAUAUUUACUAAAUAUUCCAGCAAUAGAUUUAGUUAAAUGUACAACAUUGAAGAUUAAAUUUCAAGGCCAAAGAGAUUUGCUAAAUUUCCAGUUUGUUCCAACCAUUGAAAGUGAAGCCGUUAGUGACAGAUUUAUACCUGCUCAUCCAGAUAUUUUAAUCAAAUCGGCAUCGGCAGUACCUUUAAUUACUGGAACUAACAAUAUGGAAGGAAUGAUAGUGUUUGGAGAACACAAAUUAGGAAAAUUAUUUGACUAUCACAAAUUAGAAGAGAUUAGAAAAUUAUUUGAAGCUGAUUAUUCUGAAGAAAUCAUUCAAAAAGUAAAGAAGUUUUAUUUCAGCGAACACGAGCAAUCAAGUGAUAUAACUCAAUUGGAAAAUACAUGUCGUUUGUUUAGCGAUGUAUUUUUUACCAAAGACUUUUAUCGUGGAUUUAAUAGUUUAAUCAAAAAAGAUGGAGCUCCAAUUUACAACUAUGAGUUCAAAUUUGAUGGAGAACUCAAUGCUUGCAAAAAACUCCUGUUCGCUACACGGCCAAUAUUUCAUUCGUUAAAAGGUGCAUGUCACGCAGACGAAUUAAAUUAUUUAUUUUACGGACAAUUGUUUGGAUUCUUGCCCAAAGCUAAUACACCAGAAUAUAGAAUGUGCAGAACAAUGAGUAAGCUGUGGUGCAAUUUUGCAAAAACUGGAAACCCAAAUUCAUCGGAUUCAAAUGUUGUGUGGAAUAAUACAAAUGUGGACAGUCCCAAAUAUCUAUCAAUAGAUGGCGAUAAUACGCGCAUGGUAGAUGGCCUAAUAAAUGUUUCCAGUGUACACUUUUGGGAGAAUAUAUUUGAAAUAAUUCGAUUGAAACAAAAACUGUGA